UGAGAAAUACAGGAAAUUAUGUCGUCGUCAUGGUUACAAAAGCAAAGUGGAAACAGUAUUUCAUCGCUUAGUCUGGGUGUGUUAGAAAACGUGGUUAAUGCUGGACCAGGAGGUGUCGGCAAUGAUCAGACCACUUGACACAAAAAAGGCACAAAAACUGCGGCACAAGAAAGUGUUGAUUUCAUAACUGACCCCAUGGAGAUGGUAGUAGCUACAAAUGCCACCCAAAAUGACUCCGACACCUGUACCAACCUCUAUGACCAUCGUGGCUGGGCACAGUAUUUUUUGCCUGCAAUAUAUUCUCUGAUUUGCAUUGUGGGACUGUUGGGCAAUGUGCUGGCUUUGCAUGUCAUUUGGCCUAAUUUAAAAAAAAUCAACUCCACAACUCUGUAUUCAGCCAACCUGGUGGUGUCGGACAUCUUAUUUACGCUUGCUCUGCCCUUGCGUGCAGUUUACUAUGGCAAGGGGUUCCACUGGCCAAUGGGGGAGGGUUUGUGUAAGGCCGUGGCGCUGCUGUUCUACAUCAACAUGUAUGCCAGCGUCAACUUCAUGACUUGUUUGAGCGUGGACCGUUUCAUUGCAGUGGUGCUGCCGCUGCGCUUUUCCCGAUUCCGAAAGGUUCAGAAGGUGCGGUACAUCUGUGCUGCCGUAUGGGUCGUUGUGUUGAUGCAGACCCUGCCUUUGCUGUCAAUGCCCAUGACGAACGUGGAGCAAAGUGGUCAUAUAACAUGUAUGGAGUAUCCCAACUUCGAGAAGACUGACAAUCUGCCUGUCAUUCUCAUCGGAGCCGUGUUGAUUGGCUUCGGCAUCCCUGUGAUCACCAUCCUGGUGUGUUAUUCGGCACUGUGCUCCAAACUCCGCCUCCUGGCCAAGUCUAAUAAACUGACAGAGAAGCUGGGUCGUAGUCGUAAAGCCAUCGGCGUGAUUUGUGCUGUCAUUCUCGUAUUCAUGGUGUGCUACACCCCAUAUCACGUCGACCUCCUGCAGUACAUGAUCAGAAAGCUGCGGUACAAGCCGGACUGUUCAGAACUGCACGACUUUCAGAUCUCCCUUCACAUCACCGUCUGCCUGAUGAACCUCAACUCAUGCCUGGAUCCCUUUAUCUACUUCUUUGCUUGCAAGGGAUACAAGAAAAAGGUACUCAAACUGCUCAGGAAGCAAGUCAGCAUGUCCUUCUCAAGUGUGGUCAGGACCUCCCGUGAAGGCUCCUCCAAAGACGUGUUUGGGAACGACAAAAUCCAAAUGAGCUCUAGAAGCAAUCAGAAAGAGAGGAGCAGUGUGCUGUUGAGCAACAUCAAUGGUUUUGAACUAUAAACAACAACAAGAAACACAGUUCACUGACUAUACGAGACUUACAAUACAACAGCAAAUUUAUCACCUCUGGAUUAUUUUACAGUGUUUCAAGCUAUUGGUUGGUGGUUAAUAUUUUGUUAUGCUGUUCAAAGAUUAUUGCACAUUUGUCUUACAUACAAAUAUACACACAUAUAUUUGAGUGCUAGAA